AGUUUAAAUCGAUUGUUUCUUUGUUGACUUUCUGUCUUGAUGACCUGUCUAGUGCUAUAAGUGAAGUAUUGAAGUCCCCCACUAUUGUUGUGUUGCUGUCUAUCUCAUUUCUUAGGUCUAUUAGUAAUUGUUAUAUAAAUUUGGGAGCUCCAGUGUUAGGUGCAUAUAUGUUUAGAAUUGUGAUACUUUCCUGUUGGACAAGGCCGUUUAUCAUUAUAUAAUGUCCCUCUUUGUCUUUUUUAACUGCCAUUGCUUUAAAGUUUGUUUUGUCUGAUAUAAGAAUAGCUACUCCUGCUCACUUUUGGUGUCCAUUUGCCUGAAAUGCCUUUUUCCACCCCUUUACCUUAAGUUUGUGCAAGUCCUUAUGUUUUAGGUGAGUGUCUUGAAGGCAGCAGAUAGUUGAUGAAUUCUUAUCUAUUCUGCCAUUCUGUAUGUUUUAAGUGUUGCAUUUAGGCCAUUUAUAUUCAAUGUCAGUACUGAGAUGUGAAGUACCAUUUAAUUUAUUGUGCUAUUCAUUGCCUGUGUACCUUGGUUUUUUGUUUUUUAAAUUGUAUUUUUUUCUAGGUCCUGGGAAAUUUAUGCUUUAAAAAGCUUCUGUUUUGAUGUGUUUCCAGGAUUUGUUUCAAGAUGUAGAGCUCCUUUUAGCAGUUCUUGUAGUAGUGGCUUGGUAGUGGCAAAUUCUCUGAGCAUUUGUUUGUCUGAAAAAUACUGUAUACUUCAUAUAUGAAGCUUAGUUUCUCUAGAUACAAAAUUCUUGGCUAAUUGUUUUGUUUGAGGAUGCUAAGGAUAGGGCUCCAAUCCUUUCUAGCUUGUAGGGCUUCAACUGAGAAAUCAGUUGUUUAUCUAACAGGUUUUUUUUUUUUUUUUAAUAGGUUACCUGGUGCUUUUGUCUCACAGCUCUUAAGAUUCUUUCCUUCAUCUUAACUUUAGAUAACCUGAUGACAAUGUGCCUAGAUAAUGAUCUUUUUGCCAUGAAUUUCCCAGGUGUUCUUUGUGUUUCUUGUAUUUGGACGUCUAGGUCUCCAGCAAGGCCAGGGAAGUUUUCCUUAUUUUCUCAAAUAUGUUUUCCUAACUUUUAGAUUUCUCUUCUUCCUCAGGAACACCAAUUAUUCUUCGGUUUGAUCAUUUAACAUAAUCCAAGACUUCUUGGAGGCUUCUUUCAAUUUUCUUAUUCUUUUUUCUUUGUCUUUGUUGGAUUGGGUUAAUUCAAAGACCUUGUCUUUGAGCUCUGAAUUUCUUUCUUGUACUUAUUCAAUUCUAUUGCUGAGACUUUCCAGAGAAUUUUGCAUUUCUAUAAGUGUGUCCAUUGUUUCCUGAAGUUUUUAUUGUUUAUUAUUUAUACUGUCUAUUUCCUUGAAUAUUUCUCCCUUCACUUAUUGCAUCUUUUUUUGGAUUUCCUUACAUUGAGCUUUGCCUUUCUCUGGUGCCUCCUUGAUUAGCUUAAAAACUAACCUCCUGAAUUCUUUUUUAGGUAAAUCAGGGAUUUUUUUCUUGGUUUGGGUCCAUUCCUGGUGAACUAGUGUGAUUUUUUGGAGGUGUUAAAGAACCUUAUUAUAUUACCAGAGUUGGUUUCUGGCUCCUUCUCACUUGGGUAGGCUCUGUCAGAGGAGAGGUCUAGAGCUGAAGGCUGUUGUUCAGAUUCUUUUGUCCCACAGGGUGUCCCCUUGAUGUAGUAUUCUCCCCCUUUUCCUAUGGAUGUGGCUUCCUGAGACCUGAGCUGCAGAAAUUCUCUCUUCUGGAUCUAGCCAUCCAGCAAGUCUACCAGGCUCUGUGCUGAUACUGGGGAUUGUCUGCACAGAGUUCUGUGAUGUGAUCUGUCUGUGGGUCUCUCUACCAUGGAUACCAGCAACUGUUCUGGUGGAGGUGGCAGGGGGGUGAAAUGGACUCCAUCAGGGUUCUUAACUUUGGUGGUUUAAUGCACUAUUUUUGUGCUGAUUGUCCCCCUGCCAGGAGCUGCAGCUUUCUCAAAAGCAUCAGCUGUGGUAGGAUGGAGAGGAACCAGUGGUGGGCAGAGCCCUAGAACUCCCAAGAGUAUAUGCCCUUUGUCUCCAGUUACCUGGGUGGGUAGGGAAGGACCAUCAGGUGGGAGCAGGGCUAGGCAUAUCUGAGCUCAGAUUCUCCUUGGGCAGGUCUUGCUGCAGCUGCUGUGGGAUAUGGGGGUGAGGUUCCCAGGUCAAUGGAGUUAUGUUCCUAGGAGGAUUAUGACUGUUUCUACUGUGUCACGCUGGUUGUCAGGAAAGUGGGGGAAAGCCAGCAGUCACAGGCCUCACCCAGCUCCCAUGCAAUCCAAAGAUGAACACCUUUCGGCCCGUGGACGCCGCCGAAGAAGCAUCGUUAAAGUCUCUCUUCUCCCUGCCGUCAUGUUUAAGUCAGAGUCUCCUAAAGAGCCCAAACAGCUGAGGAAGCUCUUCAUUGGAGGGCUGAGCUUUGAAACAACCAAUGAGAGUCUGAGGAGCCAUUUUGAGCAAUGGGGAACGCUCAUGGACUGUGUGGUAAUGAGAGAUCCAAACACCAAGCGCUCCAGGGGCUUUGGGUUUGUCACAUAUGCCACUGUGGAGGAGGUGGAUGCAGCUAUGAAGGCAAGGCCACACAAGGUGGAUGGAAGAGUCGUGGAAUCAAAGAGAGCUGUCUCAAGAGAAGAUUCUCAAAGACCAGGUGCCCACUUAACUGUGAAAAAGAUAUUUGUUGGUGGCAUUAAAGAAGACACCGAAGAACAUCACCUAAGAGAUUAUUUUGAACAGUAUGGAAAAAUUGAAGUGAUUGAAAUCAUGACUGACCAAGGCAGUGGCAAGAAAAGGGGCUUUGCCUUUGUCACCUUUGACGACCAUGACUCUGUGGAUAAGAUUGUCAUUCAGAAAUACCAUACUGUGAAUGGCCACAUCUGUGAAGUUAGGAAAGCCCUGUCAAAGCAAGAGAUGGCGAGUACUUCAUCCAGCCAAAGAGGUCAAAGUGGUUCUGGAAACUUUAGUGGUGGUCGUGGAGGUGGUUUCAGCGGGAAUGACAACUUUGGUCGUGGAGGAAACUUCAGUGGUCGUCGUGGCUUUGGUGGCAGCUGUGGUGCUGGUGGAUAUGGUGGCAGUGGGGAUGGCUAUAAUGGAUUUGGUAGUGAUGGAAGCAAUUUUGGAGGUGGUGGAAGCUACAAUGAUUUUGGCAAUUACAACAAUCAGUCUUCAAAUUUUAGACCCAUGAAGGGAGGAAAUUUUGGAGGCAGAAGCUCUGGCCCCUAUGGCGGUGGAGGCAAUACUUUGCAAAACCGCAAAACCAAGGUGGCUAUGGCAGUUCCAGCAGCAGCAGUAGCUAUGGCAGUGGCAGAAGAUUUUAAUUAGGAAACAAAGCUUAGCAGGAGAAGAGAGCCAGAGAAGUGACAGGGAAGCUACAGGUUACAAGAGAUUUGUGAACUCAGCCAAGCACAGUGGUGGCAGGGCCUAGCUGCUACAAAGAAGACAUGUUUUAGACACAUACUCAUGUGUAUGGGCAAAAAACUCGAGGACUGUAUUUAUGACUAGCUGUAUAACAGGUUAUUUUAAUUUCUAUUCUGCGGAAAGUGUAAAGCAUUCCAACAAAGGGUUUUAAUGUAGUUUUUUUUUUUUUGCACCCAUGCUGUUGAUUGUUAAAUGUAAUAGUCUGAUUGUGACGCUGAAUAAAUGUCUUUAAAAAAAAAAAAAAGAUGAACAUUCAAAAUGAAAAUAGAGCUUCAUCAAUUUACCAAUUGUAUUUAAAAAUAGGUACAUGGGGUAUGAAUUUUAGAAAAUGCUUUCAUUUGGUGGAAUUUUUUCUUACUAGUUUUUACAAUAACAAAUCAUAAUUUAAGGAAAACUUGUUGUUUUGUAGAAGUUUUAACUUUUUAGUUGAUACAGAUUGCAGUAGAUAUUAAGAAUAAAGAUUUAGUCCUUAAUAAAUUUAGUUUCUGAUAAAUGGAAAUUCAUCAACCUUAAGCUCUUAAAUACCUUAGAGACAUCUCAUUGGGAUAGAGAGAAAUUAAUGUUGACUUACAUCAAGAUAUACACUAAUUUUAGCACCAAGUUGACCAUCCCUUUCUGUUUAUGUUCACUGCAUUCCCUACUACAUUGCUUCUGUCAUCUCUAGGCCAGAAACCACAAAGUAACCCCAACUUUCAUUUUGCCUGAACACCAAACCCAUGUAUAAAACUGCCUACCAGAUACACCUCAAAACAUCUCAGACUCAUAGAGUUCAAUGCUGAAACCAUGUUCUCUCAAUCCCAUCCUGUUUCCCCCACUGUACUUCCUCUUAUUUUUAAAUGGCACUAACAUCCACCCAGUUGCACACCAUGAACAUCAAGAAGUCAUUUUUAAUUCUAUGCUUAUUUUUCACAUGUGAAAAUGCUGAAAUCUCACUAUGCCACUUCUCUGCUUAAAAAUACCAAAAUGUCUCCCCCUGCCUACAGGAUUAAAUUGCUACAUAGUCUGAACAAGCAACUUUCUAAUAAUCAGACCCUUGUCUUGUCAAACUUUCUGUAAUUUUCAACACAUGAAUAAAAUGUGG